CCUCCUGGAUUUGCAUCGCGCGCAGGCUGGCUGGUUGCAACGGGAGCUGUCCUACUAGGCAAGCUCCUGAAAUCACCUGCUUCUCCCCACCAUGUAAGAGCGAUGAGACCUCCAGCCACACCUUUGCAAUGGAGGAAGAUUUGUUCCAGUUAAGGCAGCUGCCAGUCGUCAAGUUCCGCCGGACAGGAGAAAGCACCCGAUCCGAAGAGGAUGCCGUGUCAGGAGAGCACGAAGUCCAGAUUGAGGGUGUCCAGACCGACUUGGAAGCUGUAGAGUUGGAAGAUGGAAGCAUUGUGCCAAAGGAGUUUGCCAACCCAACUGAUGAUACUUUCAUGGUGGAAGAUGUGGUGGAAGCAAUUGGGUUCGGCAAGUUCCAGUGGAAACUCUCCGUCCUGACUGGCUUAGCAUGGAUGGCUGAUGCCAUGGAAAUGAUGAUUCUGAGCAUCUUGGCACCUCAGCUUCAUUGUGAGUGGCGAUUACCCACCUGGCAGGUUGCGUUGCUCACAUCGGUGGUUUUCCUGGGAAUGAUGUUUAGUUCCACACUGUGGGGAAAUAUUUCAGACCAAUAUGGCAGAAAAACCGGGCUGAAGAUCAGCGUGCUCUGGACCUUGUACUACGGAGUCCUUAGUGGAUUUGCACCAGUUUACAGCUGGAUCUUGGUCUUGAGGGGCUUGGUGGGCUUUGGGAUUGGAGGCGUCCCUCAGUCGGUAACGUUAUACGCAGAAUUCCUCCCCAUGAAAUCCAGAGCAAAGUGCAUAUUGCUGAUUGAGGUCUUCUGGGCCAUCGGGACGGUCUUUGAAGUCCUCCUGGCAGUGUUCGUGAUGCCCACCCUCGGCUGGCGUUGGCUGCUCAUCCUUUCAGCUCUGCCUCUGAUGCUGUUUGCCAUCUUGUGUUUUUGGCUGCCGGAAAGUGCCCGGUACGAUGUCUUAACCGGUAACCAAGAAAAGGCCCUUGCUACGUUGAAAAGGAUUGCGACAGAAAACGGUGCUCCAAUGCCUCUGGGGAAGCUGAUUAUGUCUAGGCAGGUUCUCCAAUGCUUUUUCUUACUACGGCCUCGUCCUGCUGACCACCGAGCUUUUCCAAGCAGGAGACCUUUGCAGCUUGUCCAACAGGAGGAAAACGGUGAAGGCCAAAUGCAGCCUAGCCUGUGAAUUUCUGACGGAGAAGGACUACAUCGAUCUGCUCUGGACCACCCUCUCAGAGUUCCCAGGGGUUCUGGUGACCUUGUGGGUGAUUGACCGGAUCGGCCGCAAGAAGACGAUGGCCCUCUCCUUCCUGGUCUUCGCCUUCUGCAGCCUUUUGCUCUUCCUCUGUGUCGGGAGGAAGGUGCUCACCGUGCUGCUCUUCAUCGCCAGGGCUUUUAUUUCGGGAGGGUUCCAGGCCGCGUAUGUUUACACCCCUGAGGUCUACCCAACCGCCACCCGCGCCCUGGGCCUGGGGACAUGCAGCGGAGUGGCCAGAGUUGGUGCCCUCAUCACACCCUUCAUCGCCCAG